CAUUGCCUCCGAGCUCUAUAAAUAGGACCAUAAUCUUAACAUUCAGUUCAUAGAAAAACACAAGAGGCUCAACAAUUUACACGGUAGCAAAAACAAAACAGAGAAAACAAAGAAAGAUGGAGAACUUUCCAGUUAUCAGCUUAGAGAAGCUGAAUGGUGGAGAAAAAGCUCUUGUUAUGGACCAAAUCAAAGAUGCUUGUGAGAACUGGGGAUUCUUUGAGCUUGUGAACCAUGGGAUCUCAACUGAGCUUUUGGACACUGUGGAGAGGCUGACAAAGGAGCAUUACAAGAAGUGCAUGGAACAAAGGUUCAAAGAAAUGGUGGAGAGCAAGGCUCUUGAGGGAGUUGAAGCUGAAGUUACUGACAUGGAUUGGGAGAGUACCUUUUACUUGCGCCAUCUACCUCAAUCCAACAUUUCCGAAGUCCCUGAUCUCACUGAUGAUCACAGGAAAGUGAUGAAGGAAUUUGCUGGAAAGCUAGAGACACUAGCAGAGGAGCUAUUGGAUUUGUUCUGUGAGAAUCUGGGGCUGGAGAAAGGCUACCUUACCAAGGCCUUUCAUGGGAGCAAAGGCCCGAACUUUGGGACAAAGGUGAGUAACUACCCACCUUGUCCUAAACCAGACCUGAUCAAGGGGCUGAGGGCUCAUACUGAUGCUGGUGGCAUCAUCUUGCUCUUCCAAGACGACAAGGUCAGCGGUCUCCAGCUACUCAAGGAUGGCGAAUGGGUUGAUGUUCCUCCAAUGCGCCAUUCCAUUGUUAUCAACCUCGGUGAUCAGCUUGAGGUCAUCACAAAUGGCAAAUACAAGAGUGUGCUUCACCGCGUGAUAGCUCAAACGGAUGGCCACCGGAUGUCCAUUGCCUCAUUUUACAACCCUGGAAACGAUGCUGUGAUCUAUCCAGCUGAAACACUGGUGGAGAAAGAAGCAGAUGAGAAGGAAGUGUACCCGAAAUUCGUGUUCGAUGACUACAUGAAACUCUAUGCUGGGCUCAAGUUUCAGGCGAAAGAGCCAAGAUUUGAAGCCAUGAAAACCGUGGGAGCAACUGCUAAUCUGCCCCCUGCAGCUGCAACAGUUAUGUAAUCUCAAAAUGUGUUGAUGCCACAUGUAUUAGUACUCUGCGAGUCUAUUUUUAAUAUAAAUAAAGUUACACGAAAUAUAUUAGCAA